UUGGUUGGGAUUGGGUAAGAGUGUCAGGGCGAGCCAAUCAGGAAUGAGCCCUCCCCUGCCAACCUGCAUAAACAGGAACCGCUGCCCGCUUAGGUCAGGCGGCUGUAGCUGUAUCUCAAAAGCCGCCGUAAAGAAACUGCUACUGUAUUCUUACCUUUGUGUGUAAUGGCACUCCAACUGAAAGACAAAGACGCGUAUCAAAGAUUGAACUAUCUUUACCAGGCAGCACAUUGUGUUUUAUCCCAAAACCCGGAAAAUGUGGAGCUGGCUCGUUUCUACUGCUUCACACAGAGGACCAUUGCAAGGCGUUUAGUUCUCAGACAGGACCCAUCCGUGAAGAGAACAUUAUGUAAGAAGUGCUGCUCAUUGCUCAUCCCUGGCGUCACUGCUUCAACAAGACAACGAAGAAAAAACAGCAGGACUCGCUUCACUGUUGUGCGGUGCCUCAGCUGUGGGCAGAGCAAAACGUUUCUGAAUGAUCCAGAUCAUCGUCUAUGGGUAGACCAGCCCGAGGCUCAGCUGGAGCAACAAAAGCAGCCAGAUCCAGGCCCUUCUAUUAAAAAACAGCCCAAAGACAAAAAGCCUGAAGUGUCUUCUAAACCCAGCGCUGCCCAGAGCGCUGCCAGCACGUAGCAGCACUUCUUUUCCUGACCGUGACAUUUAACAUAGGUGUAACUAUUAUGUUACAUAAAUCUAUGUUCUAGUAUUUUUUUUAAAUUGAUUUAGUAACUUUUUGGCCUCUGUGAUAUCAAAUGUAUUGUCUUCCUGUGGUGUACACGGUCAUUUUGAAUGCCACCAACAGAUGGCCACUGUGUGGUGUGCUACACGUGUAGGGUUGGGCUUUAAAGGAACAAGCAUUGGCGGUGAGACAUGGUUAUUUUUUUCAAAAAGUAAAACUUUAUUGAUGGUAAUGCUUUUAUUAAAAAUACGCUGACAAGAAUGGAAGAAUGAAUAUUACUGAAUGAAUCCAACAUUA